AUUAAGGUUACUAAUUUUUAGUAAUGUUAUUAUAUUUUGGAUUUUUAUUUAUUUUUAAUGGUAAAACUCCUCAACUAUGUUUACUUAAUGUAGAAACUCCUAAACUAAAGACUUACCGGUAGUAAUGGUAAUUAUUACAAGCGAGGGUUUAAUUCAUUAAAUAAAGUUAAUUUGAAGAAUUAUUUCGUUAAAUACUUAAUUCGGGGGUUUUUACCCAAAACAAACUUUGUUGGAGUUUUAACAUUAAAAAUAACCUUAUCUUUAUUAUUCUACGAAAUCCUUUUAUUCCAACAUCCCCCUAUAUAUUAAAUGAGAAGUCACUUUAGUGAUUUCUUGUCACGUGACAAUCAUACAGACAUUCUCAAUAGAAUUGAAAUGAUUUCAUUGGUCGAUUUUUUUUUUUAAUAAUUAAAACAUCGAUGUCUCUUUCUUCGAUCUCUUUUUUCUUCGACUUUCACUACGAAGUCUCUUUCUUCGUUCUCUUUUUUCUGCAACGCCUAAAGCUUACAGAGAUAGUGUCUUCCCUUUUUCGAUAUCUCUGAUUCAGCAAUCAUCGAGCAGCCUCAACGCCAGGUCCCUCCCUCGCCCUUCUGUAGACGCUGCUCUGUUUUGAGACGCGAUGACGAUGUGAAGGUAGACAGAAAGUCGCUGGAGUUCGAACCCUGAUCGUUUAAUAGGGGUAUGCGUCCUUUGUUCUACUGCAAUACCUGCAAUAAAGAACACAUCAACGUCAUAUCCAGACGAUUCCGGUGAGGCAAACUUUCUUUUGUUUGAUACCAACGCUCAGAUGAUUGUGCGUCGUACAGCUGCUGAACUAUACGAUGAGAAUGAAGAUCCCGACUUCUUACCAGAAGCAGUUAGCGACCUCUUUGGCAAGAGAAUGCUUUUUGAAAUUUCAGUUGAUUCUGAUAACAUCAGAGGAAAGAGCUCUCAGUAUCUUGUUCAUUGUGCUAAUGAUGAUCGUGAAAUGAUUGAGGAAUUUGCAGCUUUGCCUCAUAAACCGGUUUUAAUGUUGCUCGCCUCCGAUGAGAUUUCUGAUGGUUCUGGUGGUUCUUCAGCAACUCCUGUGUCUAAAAGAAAAAGCAAAGGAGAGGAAGACAAUGAUGUUGAGGAUCAACUCUCUGUCAAGAAGAAACAGGGUCAAAAGAAAAUCAAGGGCGAGUGAAAAUCUCCCAUUGCGCUUUGGAACAUUGUCAACUCAGCUUUUAUUUUCAGACAAUAUGGCUUUGUCUUAUUUCAGUAUUGUUAUCUCUUGGAUUUGUCUUUUAAUAUUUUAGCUUGGGAUUUGUUUUAAUUUAAAAAAAAAUUCUUUAUGUUGAAACUGUUUUAUUGGCUUUCGGUGUUAUUCAUUAUUUUAUUUCGAA